AUCAGCAAAUCUAUUGCAGUUUCCUGUUCUGGCUUCCCCACCUAUCAGCUACAUGAGAGCCUCUGUAGGCAGGUUCCUCCUUUCUUUUACCACAGGAAAACUGUCCAGCCUCUUUUUCUAGCAUUUUCAGGACCCGCCUGACAGGAAAUUUUCUAAUUGCCAGAACAGCUGGUAGAAGAAAACUUUACAGUGGCUUGGCCUUCUCUUUCUAACUUAAGUUUUACCGUCAGGAAUUCUUUAUCAUCAGCAUGGUUUCAUAGCCAUGUUUAAAUUUCUGUCUUUUCGUGUUCGCGCUAUACAGGAGGAAGGCAGUAUCAAAGAAAUCGCAAUCACACAUCAUGUGAAGGAAGGACAUGAAAAGGCAGAUCCUUCCCAGUUUGAGCUUUUAAAAGUAUUAGGGCAGGGAUCAUUUGGAAAGGUUUUCUUAGUUAAAAAAAUCUCAGGCUCUGAUGCUAGACAGCUUUAUGCCAUGAAGGUAUUAAAGAAGGCCACGCUGAAAGUUCGAGACCGUGUUCGGACAAAAAUGGAGCGUGAUAUCUUGGUAGAAGUCAAUCAUCCCUUCAUUGUCAAAUUGCAUUAUGCUUUUCAAACUGAAGGGAAGUUGUACCUUAUUUUGGAUUUUCUCAGGGGAGGAGAUUUGUUUACACGCUUAUCCAAAGAGGUGAUGUUCACAGAAGAAGAUGUCAAAUUCUACUUGGCUGAACUUGCACUUGCUUUAGACCAUCUGCAUAGCCUGGGAAUAAUCUACAGAGACUUAAAACCAGAAAACAUACUUCUUGAUGAAGAAGGUCACAUCAAGUUAACUGAUUUUGGCCUAAGUAAGGAGUCUAUUGACCAUGAGAAGAAGGCUUAUUCUUUUUGCGGAACUGUGGAAUACAUGGCUCCCGAAGUCGUUAAUCGCAGAGGUCAUACUCAGAGUGCUGACUGGUGGUCUUUUGGUGUGUUAAUGUUUGAAAUGCUCACUGGUACACUACCUUUCCAAGGCAAAGAUCGUAAAGAAACAAUGACUAUGAUUCUUAAAGCCAAGCUCGGAAUGCCACAGUUUCUGAGUCCUGAAGCCCAGAGUCUUUUACGGAUGCUUUUCAAACGGAAUCCUGCAAACAGAUUAGGUGCUGGACCAGAUGGAGUUGAAGAAAUUAAAAGACAUUCAUUUUUUUCAACAAUAGACUGGAAUAAACUGUAUAGAAGAGAAAUUCACCCACCUUUUAAGCCUGCAACUGGCAGACCUGAAGAUACAUUUUAUUUUGAUCCUGAGUUUACUGCAAAAACUCCCAAAGAUUCACCUGGCAUUCCACCUAGUGCUAAUGCACAUCAGCUUUUCCGGGGGUUUAGUUUUGUUGCUAUUACCUCAGAUGAUGAAAGCCAAGCUAUGCAGACAGUCGGUGUGCAUUCAAUUGUUCAGCAAUUACACAGGAACAGUAUUCAAUUUACUGAUGGAUAUGAAGUAAAAGAGGAUAUUGGAGUUGGCUCAUACUCCGUUUGUAAGAGAUGUAUACAUAAAGCCACAAACAUGGAAUUUGCCGUGAAGAUUAUUGACAAAAGCAAGAGAGACCCAACAGAAGAGAUUGAGAUUCUUCUUCGUUAUGGACAGCAUCCAAACAUCAUUACCCUAAAGGAUGUGUAUGAUGAUGGAAAAUAUGUGUAUGUAGUAACAGAACUUAUGAAAGGAGGUGAAUUGCUGGAUAAAAUUCUUAGACAGAAGUUUUUCUCAGAGCGAGAGGCCAGUGCUGUCCUGUUUACUAUAACCAAAACUGUUGAGUAUCUUCAUGCACAAGGGGUGGUUCACAGAGACUUGAAACCUAGCAACAUUCUGUAUGUGGAUGAGUCUGGUAAUCCAGAAUCUAUUCGAAUUUGUGAUUUUGGCUUUGCAAAACAACUGAGAGCAGAAAAUGGUCUUCUCAUGACUCCUUGUUAUACUGCAAAUUUUGUUGCUCCAGAGGUUUUAAAACGACAAGGUUAUGAUGCUGCCUGUGACAUAUGGAGUCUUGGUGUCCUUCUUUAUACAAUGCUUACUGGUUACACUCCAUUUGCAAAUGGUCCUGAUGAUACUCCAGAGGAAAUAUUGGCACGAAUAGGUAGUGGAAAAUUCUCACUCAGUGGUGGUUACUGGAAUUCCGUUUCAGAUACAGCAAAGGACCUGGUUUCAAAGAUGCUUCAUGUAGAUCCUCAUCAGAGACUGACUGCUGCUCUUGUGCUCAGACAUCCUUGGAUUGUCCACUGGGACCAACUGCCACAGUACCAACUAAACAGACAGGAUGCACCGCAUCUCGUAAAGGGUGCCAUGGCAGCUACUUACUCUGCUUUAAACCGCAAUCAGUCACCAGUUUUGGAACCGGUAGGCCGCUCUACUCUAGCUCAGCGGAGAGGUAUUAAAAAAAUCACCUCAACAGCCCUGUGAAGUGACCUCAAGGAGAUAUUUGGUACCGCGAUGUAAGCUGAUAGCACAAGUUCUGGCGACAGGUAGCACAUACCUGAGAGACACCUGCAAGCACACACUGUCCCAGCUGGUACCCAUAAUGCUGCUGCUCCUGCUGCUCCUGCUUUCAUCUCUUCUCGCUUUAAUUGAUUGUUAGCAAGUUAGAUUUUCCUGGAGCUUCGAAAUGAAAAUGGAAAUAUGAUGAAGAUAUAUUCACUGAAUCAACAAGAAAAACAAUGAACACAUGAAUACCACCUAAAAUACACUGAAUAAACGUACUCUACACCAUAUAGCAUUAUUUUUAUAGGAAAUAUUUCAUGUCCCCUAAAUAUUCUUUGUUAGUUAUAGGGAUGGACAGUUUAUGUUAAGCACUUAGCUUAAACAAUCCAUUUAUAUUAGCACUGUAUCCCUUGUGCCAUCCAACAUUUUGUAUGUUUUUGUAAACAGUUCAUAUACAGUACAUUUCUGUACUGCUUUCUUUAAUGUAUACAUGCCUUGUUUAACUUGGAGUCUAUUAAUCAAUUGACUAUUAAAUCUGGAUAAAUAGUUCACCUGGAUUAACAGUAUUGUUGGGAAAUCUUAAAGAUGGCCAGCUUGAUGGAACAGCUGUUGAAUGUAAUUCUUUCAAAUUGUACAUAUCUUCCCCAUCUGUUUCACUGGGUUGUUCUUUUGUUUCUUCAAGUCAGGUGCUUGGUCAGACUAACCUAGGGAGCUGUUAAUGGUAGAGAAAGUUUUGCGUUCGUGUGUGUGUGUGUGUGUGUGUGUGUGUG